AUGAGCGCAGCCAUGCAACAACUUCUUACAACCCAGUCGACAUCGUUGACUUUGACGGCAGCGACACCUCUCUUUGAUUCAAUCACACUCCGGAAGGCAUGGGAGGUCUUGGAUGUCAUAUACCAGUAUCGCUUGCCUACUCCGCUUACGACGGUAGAUCGCAGUGAUGAAGGCAAACUGAAGUUUCUGUAUAUCAUCUACUCUCAGGUCAAGUCUUCGAGUGAGAUCCAAAUGAUCCUACCCGCGUUCCCAUUCAAGUCGCCUAAUCGAGUGGGCAAGACGCUGGGAGCCUUGCCCGACAAAGGAGAGGAACUUGCCAUGGCGCAUCUGAAUGGCUUGUGUGCGGCUAUUUCGGACAUCUAUGAGCCCGGUGCUAAGUUGACCAUUGCGUCCGACGGUCUUGUGUACAAUGACCUUUUAGGAGUGCCUGAUGCAGAGGUUUUUGCUUAUGGAGAAAGUCUGCGUCAAAUGGUCAAGAAUGAAGGGUACAAGCACAUAACAUUUAUUCGUCUUCGAGACCUCGUCCACUGGAAAACCGACACUCCACUUGAUGCCGCUACCUUUGAGAAGUUUGCAGGUGAUUUCCGCCAGAGAUUGAUUGACAACUUCACGCCACUAGACUACGAUUGCCGUGAAAGUAUCCUAGCGGAUGAGGAUGUUUGCACAACAUACCGAGGAUAUAUCAAGUUCCUGACUAAAGACUUGGAGCACACCUUUGUAGAGGGAGAAGUGUCGAAACGGUCCCACAAGCAAAAACUGGAAGCUAUCGCGAAAAAGAUGAUCGCGCGGGGGAAGGCUUACGCAGAAGCUAUCAGAAAGAAUUACCCCGAUCAUGUCCGACUCUCAAUCCACCCAUCAUGCGGAUCCACAAAGAUCUCCAUUCGGGUCUUGCCGCUCGCAACCUUCACAACGACUCCAUGGCACUCGGCACCAUGUUUUACCGUUGAUGGCCAAGUGGAAUAUGGCUUGCGCGAGACAUUUGACCGAAACCCAGAUGUCGAGCUGGUUCAGAAGAACGGACAGCCCUGGUACUAUCGAUACAAGUCGCCCCUUUAUUCAUGGUCCCAGCCAGUGGAGUUUGAGCCCUUAUACCCAUGCGGUUUGAUGAUUCGCCCUGUGGGAACUAUGUCGGCCAAGGAUGUGGACAUGCGCAUAGUGCGGGAGCUAGCCCAGGAGAUCUCUCCGGUAAUCCUUCGCGGCUUCGAAGACACCCGGGAUCGUGAGUUGUUUGUCAAGAAGGCGGAGGAGAUGGGCACGCCCAUGCCGUGGAAAUUUGGUUUGAUCCUUGAAGUCAAGGAUCAUGGAAGUGACGGACAGGGGUUGAACAACGUGCUCUCAUCGGAAUGGAUGCCAUUCCACUAUGACGGGUUAUUCAAGAUCGAGAAAUCUCAAGAUGUUGAUGGGAAAGAAAUUGUUCGAUCAUGCCCCCCCAAAUUUCAAUUUUUCACGAGCAUGACUCCCUCUCCGAAAGAUACGGGGUUUACACUCUUCUCCACGUCUCAUCUGAUAUGGCAAUACCUGCCCACAGAAUACUCGGUAGACUAUCUCCGCACACUGUCCUGGACAGUGGAGACUACCGCUUUCGACCAAGCCAAAGUGUCUGGAUUGCCUCUGGUUGAGGAUCACUUUGCUCAUCACCGACCCUGCCUGCGCUACCAUGAGCCCUGGCCUCAGGAAAAAACCAACUUUACUCCAACAAAGAUUACCAUCCAAGGUACCCCAGAUUCGACUCAGAUGUGUCGUGUCCUGGACAGUCUCUUGCAUGAUCGGCGGGUGGCUUUGUGGCACUGUUGGGAAGAAGGGGAUUGGCUCAUCAGCGAUAAUGUGACCACGAUGCAUACGCGGAGUUCCUUCACAGGAAACUCGGAUCGCUGCUUACGGCGCAUUCAUGUUGAUUAG